GUCAUCAUUGAUUUCCUGAGGUGAGCAAAUCAGAUAUUCCUUCUUCCACGACCAGUGAACUGAAGACCUGAAGAAUUAAAGAAUCGAAGUGAAAGGUAAGGCCAAUUUCUUCACCAUAGAGAUGUCGACGACUCAGAAUCCCGAACUGGUUUGUGUCACCGGCGGCAGCGGCUGUAUCGGAUCCUGGCUCGUUCACCUCCUCCUCCUCCGCGGCUACUCCGUUCACGCCACCGUCCAAAACCUCAAGGACGAGAGCGAAACCAAGCAUUUGGAAGAUUUAGAAGGAGCGGAUGCUCGUCUUCGUCUCUUCCAAAUCGACCUCCUCGAUUAUGACUCCAUUGUCCCUGCCGUGACUGGUUGCGCCGGUGUCUUCCACGUCGCGUCUCCUUGCAUUGUUGAACCUGUAGAGGAUCCUGAGAGGGAUUUGUUGGAUCCGGCUAUCAAAGGAACCAUCAACGUCCUGACGGCGGCUAAGGAGGCUGGGGUAAGACGCGUAGUGGUGACUUCUUCCAUUUCCGCCAUGAUUCCGAACCCUAACUGGCCUGCGAAUGUUGUAAGGAAUGAAGAAUCCUGGACCGAUAUUGAUUACUGCAAGCAAAAGGGGCUGUGGUAUUCAGUUUCAAAAACUCUAGCAGAAAAGGCUGCUUGGGAUUUUGCCAAGGAGAAAGGAUUGGAAGUGGUGGUUAUUAAUCCAGGCACAGUCAUGGGCCCUGUGUUUCCUCCCAGAAUUAAUGCAAGCAUGCAAAUGCUUUUAAAACUUCUCGAGGGGUGCAGUGAGACAUUCAAGGACGUUUUUAUUGGAGUAGUGCACUUUAAAGAUGUUGCAUUAGCACACAUUUUGGUCUAUGAAAACAAAUCAGCUACAGGAAGGCACUUUUGUGCAGAGUCCAUAGCUCGUUACUCUGACUAUGUAGCGAAGGCUGCUGAACUCUUCCCUCAGUAUAAGGUACCCAGAUCGAUAGAAGAUACACAGCCUGAUUUGGUGAGAGCAAAAGAUGGAGCCAAGAAGUUGAUGAACCUGGGGCUGGAAUUCAUCCCAAUGGAACAAAUCCUCAAGGACGCCGUUGAGGAUCUAAAAAAGAAGGGCUAUAUUUCCUGAAUAUAAAAUCAUAUGGUUAUCUGUAAGUUCUCCUUUCAGUUAGCUAGUCCUAUCACUGUGACUAUGAGACCACCUUCUUUACUGUAGUAUUGAUAUUGAAGGUUCUGUUGAUCUGGGCGGUCUGAAUUCUUUAAAAAUGUCGAUAAACGAACAUUUUUAAUCAUAUAAAUAAUGAUCGACCUUCUAUGCCCUCAGAUUAAGAAAUAAAUUCCUUCGCUGAA